ACGGUAGGCGGGGGUAAGCUUUGGGCAGGGGACUGUAGAGAUGUGAUUGGUGAUGGUCGAUGGAGGGGUUGGGUUGAUAUCUUCACAAAACUCAGAAAAAGAAAAAAGGAAUAAAGAAUGAUGAUUCUCACCAUAAAAUAUCUAACACCCAGCGGUCCCUGUUCUCCACCCAGCCAGAUGUAAUUCAAUACUCCUCCCUCACUCGCCUUUCCCCAGACGCCCCAGAUAUUUCCACUCCUUUGAUCGUGACUUGACUUUUCAUUAGUGCCUCCUAAGUCCUUCCUCCCCCAUUUUCCAAACCCAUUUCCCUUAAAUCAUGUAUCAUCGAUCCAAACCCUAGAGUCAAACUAUUAUUUUCCCUGGAUGCCAUAUCCAUCAAUCAAUCAGAUGCUUCAAAAUAUCUACGCCAACGGAUCGCGGGUUAAAAUCGUCAUUUAAUUAAUUCUCUUCCAUUUGGCGACUCUUACCUCUUUCGCAUUCUUCUAUCCUCACGCUUCCGCCUUCCGUCGCUUGCUUUUGAGCCGUAAUCUCUCCGUUUUCAUCCUCGUCGAUGGAGUCGCAGGACGAGAACUAUCCCGCCACGGCUGCUGAAACUGCGUCGUUUUGGACGGACGAGAAGCACGUGCAGUUCCUGAACUCCAUAGAAGCUUCCUUCGUCACCGCAAUGCUGGAACACAGCUCUCGCUCAUUCCACCGCCUCCGCCCUCGCUUGCUUGACGCCUCGGAGUCCACUUCGGAUCUGAAUCCCCGCCGCACCAUCUCCGUCAACGCUGCUGAUUCAGGAUUGAUGGGUGGAAGAAGCAGAAUGAAGGGGAGAAGAAGUCCGAGGAGAAGAUCAUCUCAAGCCUACAAUUCCUUCCAGGAUCAGGUAC